CAACGCCCGGCGCUUUGCUCCGUCACCUGCCACCCUAACUUGCACUCGAUUCGCCCUUCCAACUGGAAAUAGAAACCAAAGGUCUGCCACUUAUACCUUCUCAAAUCUGUUUCGUAUACUGGAUCAUACGCAUCACGCAACUGUCUGUUGACUUGCCAUCCACUGUCCGUCUCACCGUGCCCAUCUGCGGAUUAUGCGAUAGCAUCACAGCCGACCCUGUUCCGAUUACAACACAUACAACCACAGUGUCAUCCAACAUACACUAUAUCUCACACGAAACCAUGCUCUCAUACGACUCCCCCAUGUCUGUGAAUGGACAGCCUCCCAAUUCGCCCGCUAGCCUCACAAAUGGCGUGCAACAGGCUGUCGCCUCUAAGACGCAACCCAGAGUACCCGGAGUUCCGACUUCUGCAAACAACGGCGCACAUGUCAACGGAUCUCUCCCCACCAAGUAUCACCACAUCUGGCUAGUGACUGGCCCUGCUGGCUGCGGAAAGACGACCGUCGCCGAAUACCUUGCCCAGUCUCUGAAGCUUCCCUAUAUCGAGGGCGACAGUUUUCACCCCCAAGCAAACAUUGAGAAGAUGGCCAACGGCAUCCCCCUGACCGACGCCGACCGAUGGGACUGGCUCGUUGCACUGCGCGAAGAGUCGCGCCAUCAGCUGGCAGCGGGCUCCGACGGAGUCGUUCUCACCUGCUCAGCCCUGAAGCGCAAGUACAGAGACGUCAUCCGCGUCGCCGGAUACUACGACCGCUCGAUUCUGAUCCACUUCAUCUACUUGUCGGCCUCAGAAAAUGUUCUCGUCCAGCGCGUUACAGCUCGUAGUGCUGCGACCAAUCACUAUAUGGGCGCCAACAUGGUCCGCAGCCAGUUCCAAACCCUUGAGCCCCCUAUGGCCGACGAGACAGAUGUCAUCAGCCUAGACGUCAGCCGCUCCCUCGAGGAAGUCCAGCGCGAUGCUCUGGCCAGCGUCAGGGCCGCGAUGGAGGAAGAGGAGGCAUGAGCUGUCAAAUUUCUACACAGGCGCACUUUGAUCGGGUUUCUGCGAAUCAUCCUACGGAAUCAUGGAGUUAGGGGCAUAGAACUAUGAGCGUUGGCUUUGGUUAUUCACGGCGUCGGCAUUGGGAUAUGGUCUACAAUACCGCUGGCUUCAGAAAGCCAACCUGCAUACAGCACAGUGUACGGGGCUUCUAAAGGAAAGCAACUGGCGUCUUUGAAGGGCACGCAUCAGGUAGUCCAGUUAGCUGGGGUGGGGUUAUUACACCGGAGGACGACGACGACACAUGAUAGUACGGGAUACCAUGGUGCGACCCGACCUUAAUGGGUUUGGCCAUCAAAUGCGAACUUAGCAAUGGGAUGAGCUGGCGCUUGUUUCCUCACUCAUGCAGGGUCAAAAGAACGGAGAAUGCUUACUGGCCGGAGCCCCGGUUGAGGCUUCUUGGUAUUCUGUCACCCGCAAAAUUUAGUUGAGUAGAGACAAAAAUCAAAAAAUAAACAUAUCAAACUGCG